CUGUACGUCAAGCAGGAGGCUUGUAGGCGUCCCGGUUUGACCAGGUCUGCUAGAGUUCUGGUUGAGGAACUUCUGUUGGUGUUUGGGGCCGCAGGAAUCUGCAACCAUGGAUGACUCACAUGUGCCUUGAGACCUGCUUUAGAUUUGGGUUCCUGAAAUCCUUCAACUACGCUAAAGUUGAAUGAAUUGUAGAACAGACCUAUGGUAGAAUUAGAAUUUUUGAAGCACUGUCUUGAAGACACAAGACUGUAAUUCUGGCUACUUGGGAAAUAGAAGCAGGAAAUUUGCAGACGCAAGGCCUGCUUGGUCAACAAGGCCAGAGGUGGCAGAGUCAACAUUGAACUAUGCUUCGUGGUGUUCUUGGAAAGGCCUUUCGACUUGCUGGCUAUACCAUUCAAUAUGGGUGUAUAGCUCAUUGUGCUUUUGAAUACGUUGGUGGUGUUGUAAUGUGUUCUGGACCAUCAAUGGAACCCACAAUUCAAAAUUCAGAUAUUGUCUUUGCAGAAAAUCUUAGCCGACAUUUUUAUGCUAUCCAAAGAGGUGACAUUGUAAUUGCAAAAAGUCCAAGUGAUCCAAAAUCAAAUAUUUGUAAAAGAGUAAUUGGUUUGGAAGGAGAUGAAAUCCUCACUACCAGUUCAUCAGAUAUCUUUAAAAGCCAUAAUUAUGUGCCAACAGGUCAUGUUUGGUUAGAAGGUGACAACUUAGAGAAUUCUACAGACUCCAGGUACUAUGGACCUAUUCCAUAUGGACUAAUACGAGGACGGAUCUUUUUUAAGGUAUGCUUUAAUGCCUAAAAUGCAUUUUUAUUCUCUGGGUCGAGGGGUGGUUCUAUCAGAUUGAACUUUGAAAUCCAUGGGCUGCUAAAUUGACUUUAAGUCACUGGUGCAGUGACUACAUUUGAUGACCAUUUUUUAAGAGCUAUGGACAAAAUAGUACCCUUGCUCCUUCCUGCUCCUAUGGGAAAUAACAGAAGGUUUUAGAAUAAUAUCCAAACUAAACUAGU